CGCAGCGGCCUCAGGCAGCGGGAACGGAGCGGCGGCGGGGGUGACUGACGACCCGCCAUGUCCCGCUUCUUCCAAGCGCUCCGCCGCACUGGCGGCGCCCGGGGCGGGGGUCCGGGCGUGCAGGAGGCGGACGUGCAGCAGUGGGGGCUGACAGGCAUUAAACUUCGUCCCUAUCAACUGGAAGGUGUGAACUGGCUCGUGCAAUGCUAUGAAGUCCAGCAUGGCUGUAUCCUGGGUGAUGAGAUGGGCCUUGGAAAGACUUGUCAGACCAUUUCUCUACUUCUUUAUUUGACAAAAAAGUUAUCCAACAAAGAGAGAUUUCUGAUACUUUGUCCUCUGUCAGUUCUGAGCAACUGGAAGGAAGAGCUGGAGAGGUUUGCUCCAGGUCUUUCUUUCAUAACAUAUGUAGGCAGCAAGGAAGAGCGACCCAAACUGCAGGAGAAUCUGAAAGGAGGCUCUCACUUCCAUGCACUCCUGACAACAUACGAGAUUUGCCUGAAAGAUGCAGCAUUUCUAAAGUCCUUUAACUGGGCUGCCUUGGUUGUAGAUGAAGCUCACAGACUGAAAAAUCAAAAUUCUCUGCUUUACAAGACACUUUCUGAGUUCUCAGUAGGCUUCAGCCUGCUACUCACAGGCACUCCAAUCCAGAACAGCCUCCAGGAGCUGUACUCCUUACUCAGCCUUAUUGAACCUGACAUCUUUCCCCAGGAAAAAGUGAAAGAGUUUGUUGACUAUUACCAAGUCAUUGAAAAGGAGAAUGAGCCAGCUAAAGAAUUGCACAGUCUUCUGCAGCCAUUUCUACUUCGGAGAGUCAAAUCUGAGGUGGCUGCAGAGCUGCCAAAGAAGGUGGAAGUGGUUCUGUACCAUGGAAUGUCAGCUCUGCAGAAGAAGUACUACAAGGCCAUUUUGACAAAAGAUCUAGAUGUGUUUGAAAAUGAAACGGGAAGGAAGGUUACACUCCAGAAUGUCUUAGUUCAGCUUCGGAAGUGUGUUGCCCACCCAUACCUCUUCAAUGGGGUUGAGCCAGAACCCUUUGAGAUUGGAGACCAUAUUGUUGAAGCCAGUGGCAAGAUGUGUUUGUUGGAUAAACUCCUUUCAUUCUUGUACGCUGGAGGCCACCGUGUGUUGCUCUUUUCUCAGAUGACUCAACUCCUUGAUAUCCUGCAGGACUACAUGGACUAUAGAGGCUACAGCUAUGAGCGGCUGGAUGGCUCUGUUAGGGGUGAGGAGAGACACCUUGCCAUCAAGAACUUUGGUCAACAGCCCAUCUUUAUCUUCCUGCUGAGCACCAGAGCAGGUGGAGUUGGCAUGAAUCUGACAGCAGCAGAUACAGUUAUUUUUACUGAUAGUGAUUUUAACCCACAAAAUGACUUGCAAGCAAUAGCAAGAGCUCACCGGAUUGGGCAGCACAGGCCUGUAAAAAUUAUCCGUUUGAUUGGGCGAGAUACAGUUGAAGAAAUCAUCUACCGAAGAGCGGCCUCGAAGCUCCGGCUGACCAAUGCCGUUGUUGAAGGGGGGCAGUUUGCUCUGGGAGCACCCAAGCCUCAGGCAACAGCAGAGUUGCAGCUGAGUGAAAUCUUGAAAUUUGGCCUGGAUAAAUUGCUCUCCUCUGAGGGAAGUACUGUACAGGAUGUGGAGCUAGAAAACAUCCUUGGAGAGACAAAAGGAGGGCAGUGGCUAAUGGACACUGUGCUGCCACAAAAGGAAGAGAAUGAAGAGGAAGAUACAGAGAAUCACAUGUACGUGUAUGAAGGCAAAGAUUAUUCAAAAGAGCCCAGCAAAGAAGACAAAAAAGCAUUUGAUCAGCUUUUGGAUCUUCAGAAAGCAUUGAUUGAAGAGACCAGUAAGGAAGGGAGAGCUCUCCGGAACAAAGCAAACGCCCUUCUCACAGGCCUUCGGGAGCAGUCGGCCAGGAGGAAGCACUUGCUGAGUGAAGAGGAGCUGGAGGCUCGGAGGAAGAAGCGCCAAGAAGCAGCAGCAAAGAGAGCAAGGCUCAUGGAGGAAAAGAAGGCAGCAAAAGCAGAGGCAGAGCACAAGAAAAAGAUGGCCUGGUGGGAGGCCAAUCAUUACACAUCUACCUGCCUUCCUUCAGAGGAAAGUGGCUCCGAGGAGGAGUUUGUGGAGGAUGAGUUGGAGCAGAAUGUGGAUUUAGAUUACAAAGAUGGAGACCAGAACCAUAUUAAAUAUGUCAUGGGAGAUGUAACCCACCCCCAAGCAGGAGAGGAAGAUGCCAUCAUUGUCCAUUGCCUAGAUGACUCCGGCCGCUGGGGAAGGGGUGGUUUAUUCACUGCUCUAGAGGCUCGUUCUGAUCAGCCCAGGAAAAUAUAUGAGAUGGCAGGAAAGAUGAAAGACCUGGAGUUAGGAGGAACCCUGCUAUUCCCUAUUGAUGAUAAAAAAUCCAGGAAAAAAGGACGAGAUUUGCUGGCCUUGAUUGUAGCUCAGCACCGAGAUCAGUCCAACAACUUGUCUGGCAUUAAGCUGUCAGCUUUGGAAAAGGGCCUGAAGAAGAUUUAUUUAGCAGCCAAGAAAAGGAAUGCAACAGUGCAUCUCCCACGGAUCGGGUAUGCAACCAAAGGCUUCAACUGGUACGGCACCGAGCGGCUCAUCCGAAAGCACCUGGCAGCUCGGGGUGUGCCCACUCUUGUAUACUACUUCUCUAGGAAUAAAGGUUCUUCUUCUGCUUCACAGCCAUAUUCAUCUUCAACAACAGUCUCAAAGCCAUGAAGAUGGAGUAAUUUCACCAAGAACAUGCACAAGAAGUGACCAUCACUCAGGCAGUCCAUGUGCAUUCAUGUCAGAAACUUGGGUUGCACAGCCAUUAUUCACACCUGUGCCUCUCUGCUGUGACUGGCCCCAACAUUUGCAUGUUGUCAGUGGCUCUGGAGUGGAAUGAGAUUCUCCCUGGCUUCAGAGUCCAAAGAGGAAAGAUCUUGGCUGAAUCCCAGACCUCUUUCAGAGAUGGAAAAUUAAACUUUUAACUGAUGGUC